AGCCUUAUAUAAAUGGGCCAUUGGCUGCAAGUCUGGGUUUGCUCCAUCCAUCAUCAUUAUCAUCAUCAUCUCUCUUUCUCAGCAUCAAACAUACCUGGUUUCAUCUUUUAAGCUUCCAUCAGAUCAAGCUUCUUGAGGGCAUCAAAUUUAUUGUCGGUCAACCUAAUCACACAUUGCGGUAUCAACAUGCUCGACUGGAACAAGCCCAAAUCUUCAUUCGACGAGCAAAGCGAGCUUCCCCUGUACAACAAAAACUACAGCCGUCAGAUUUCCUCGUCCCAUUCCAUAGGCCUCACAUCUCGUUCCACAUCCCUUAGUCCGACUGCAAACUUUACGAACUUGCCGCCUACAUACUCGGAUACUCAGUCUUCCACUCACGAGAAGAUCAGCCUUUGUUCUCGCCAGCCGGCCAAGAAGCCUCACGGCGAUGGGAUCACUGAGACAGUUGAGGGAUCGCCUUCGAAAUGGAAGGUCGCAGCUGUAAUAAUAUUUUACUUGGUCGCCGCCAUUGUGAUGGUAUUCGCAAACAAGUGGGUUUUACGAACGACCGCGAUCCCAAUAACAUUUCUGUUUUGUCAACUAUUGUUGGCGACCGGUUUGUUGAAACUUGCCGGACUCUUGGGCUUUUUGGAGAUCCCCAACUUGGACCUGAAGAUCGGCCAAAAAUUGCUUCCUCUCAUUUCUAUCAACGUCAUUGGACUUGUCUUCAACACCUUCUGUCUUCAAUAUGUCGAUGCCUCGUUUUACCAAAUCGCCAGAGGCCUCGUCCUCCCCUUCACCGUUCUGGCCUCCUACCUUUUCCUCGACUCCCGCCCAAGUCCCAACAUUCUGUCAACCGUUUUAAUCGUCUGCGUGGGCUUCCUUUGGGGCGUGCAGUCGGAUCAUCUACAUACGUCCCGAAUUGGCGUUGCACUUGGAGUACUGAGCAGCAUAACAACCUCAGUUCAUGCUAUUGUUGUCAAACGUUCACUAUCGGUCACAAGCUCCGCCAUCGAAUUAUCUUAUUACAACAAUCUUGUCUCGGCUAUCUUUCUGUUACCUUUGAUCCCCCUCACCUCAGAAAUCGUCACCUUCCGUGCACUACUAUCAACAGGCGGACAAGAUCUGCACACUUUUUUGAUGGGCGCUCUGGUGACUGGAUUCUUCGGGUUCCUAAUCUCACUGGCCGGCUUCUUAUCCAUCAAAAUCACCUCUCCGGUUACCCAUAUGGUUUCUUCGGCAGUCCGCGGCGUAUUACAGACGAUUCUAGGAACAGUCUUGUUUGGUGAUCUCAUCUCAUCAAAUAGAUUUAUCGGCAUUGUCGUGAUCUUAGGAGGAUCGAUCGCAUACACUGCUAUUAAGGAUAAGGAGAGUCGUUCGGAGAAAUACCACCUGACGACAAGAAGCAGACCCUCACAGCCAAUUCUCCCGAUAGUAUCCCCAUCAAAAAACCCUAUAAACUUAACAGCAUUGAAAGUAGUCUGUUAAUUAUUAAAUUUUUGUUUGGUUUUUCUGUGAAAGUGCCCCAUGAGUCAAGUUUAAUAGUUUAUACAGUAGUAUUUCGUUCAUUCUUUUUACCAGUAAGUGUUGGUCAUAAAUGUAUAUUGCACCCAUUCUUCAGCAUCUAGA